AGGGGGGCCGGGUCUGGAGGGCUGCUUGAAACUCGACUGCAGGUCUGCAGAUGGAAGGCGGACAGUGUAACUCGCUCUAGGUUUCUUUUUUUCCUCCCCAGCAUGCAUGGCUUUUGUUUCUAGGAGAGGGGACAGAGUUGAUGCAGAGAAAAGCACGUACUUUACACACUGUAGCCUACUUGGGAGUCCUUUGUAAGUGCCGGAGCGCACAGUGUGGCACCCAGUCUGCGCUCUGCAGCUGCACAGACUAUGUUCAGUCACCACACGGCUGAAUUGAUUUUAUAACACAGAAGGAAGAGACUGAGAGAGACUGAUAACAGAGUACACAAGUGGAGAGUGGGCUAUACUGUCCGUGUUGUUUUAACACCUACAGAACCUGGAAAUUAAACUUUUUUUUUUUUACACAUCCAGCCUUUUAAGGCUACUCUGGACUGAACUGUUACCGAGUUUACCGCACAUCUCAGGAGUGAAUUAUUUCUUGCGCUUUUUUUAUUUACUCAGCUCAAACUGUGAAGAGGGAGAAAAUAGCUGAGUUUGCUUUAAAGUGAAUCGGAGGACCAAGGAGAGAGGGAGAGAAGGAGCAAGUCCCUCUGUGUGUGACUGGGCAGCAUGGUGCAGAAAAUGAGCCACACAGAGAGCACCGCCGAGGCGCUGUCCUUUUUCGCCGGGGAUUCGAGCUCUGACUCCGGGGCGUGCAUGGACCUGGACCCGGCCGCCUCGCCUCUCUCCCCGGGCUCAACAUCAUCUUCGACCGCCGGAGACAAACUGGGAGACAACCCGGCGUGGUGUAAAACUCCAAGCGGCCACAUCAAGAGACCCAUGAACGCAUUUAUGGUGUGGUCACAGAUAGAGAGGAGAAAGAUCAUGGAGCAGUCUCCGGACAUGCACAACGCUGAGAUCUCCAAGAGGCUGGGGAAGCGGUGGAAGCUGCUCAGAGACAGCGACAAGAUCCCCUUUAUCAGAGAGGCGGAGCGGCUCAGGCUCAAGCACAUGGCGGACUAUCCCGACUACAAGUACCGGCCGAGGAAGAAGGUAAAAUCAAGCGCCUCUAAGCCUGGCAGUAACGACAAGGGAGAGAAACUCAACAGCAGCUCUAACAACACCAGCACUAAGACAUCCUCAUCUUCGAGGAAGAAUGGAUCCAAAUCACCCAGCAGCAGCAAACCCCACAAAUCACUUUUCGGGAGCAGCAGCAGUAGCACCAAAGCAUCACCGUUUGCCUCUGAGCACCCGUCAGAGCACCAUCACAACUCUCUCUACAAGUCGAAAUCUGUCUCCUCAGCAGCCAAGCAGAUACCGGAUGGCAAGAAGCCCAAGCGGGUGUACGUCUUCGGGAGUAGCGCGGCCAGCUUGAGCCCCACGUCCUCCGUCGUGGUCCCGGCCAGCCCGACGCUCAGCAGCUCGGCGGACUCCAGCGAUCCGCUCAGCCUGUACGAGGACGCGGCCAGCAGCAGGGAGGAGGGAGCCGACUCCCCAGGCAGCAGCAGCAGCAGCAGCAGCAGUAGCCUGGGCGGGUCUUCGGAGCGCCACGGCGGGCACACAUACAGCAGUCGGCGGGCUUCCUCACCGACUCCCUCCGGCUCUCACUCCUCUGCCUCGUCCCACUCGUCCUCCUCAUCCUCCUCGGAGGAUGAGGAGUUUGAGGACGACUUGCUCGAUAUUAACCCGAGCCCCAGCUUUGAUAGCAUGUCACUGGGGAGCUUUGGCUCCUCCGUGCUGGACAGGGACUUGGAUUUGAACUUUGAGUCCGGCUCCGGGGGCUCCCACUUCGAGUUCCCCGACUAUUGCACGCCCGAAGUCAGCGAGAUGAUCUCCGGGGACUGGCUGGAGUCCACCAUCUCCAACCUGGUGUUCACGUACUGAGUGAGCGAGAAAGCAAACCGCGACAGGUAGGCUCAUGACCUGCGAGCAAAAAUAUGACCACAAACAGAAACAGGGGUUCCUGGUACAGUGGGUGUAAUAGUUUGCGUUAUAGCUACACCAGACUAGUAAAGACCCACUGAAACUAGCCCCCGUCCCUUCUCGUCCAUAAAGGCAAGCGCUGCAAGUCCUUGGAAAGCUAAACUUUAAAGCGAAUAACUUGCUUUUUGUACUUUUCUGUGGAUGCGUGGACUGUGGGACUCGGUACAACCACGAAAGUGGAGGGAGUGCAAAACAAGGGGAGAGACAAGAAGAGACAGACAGGGUUUCCUGAUUGUGAAACGCUUCGUCCUGGACUGUUUUGAACUGAACAACUUAACUGUGAUUGAUUUGCACGUUAUGCGGUCCGCCGUUCACUUAAUCAAUGUUGUUGCUGAUUUUUAAAAAAAGGGACAUUUCACAACUUUUUGCCAAUCGCCAAGUGAACUUCACCACUAAAAAGGUACAGAAAUAGGACUGUCGUGCGACAUUUUUUAUUGUGGUGUGUCACCGAAAGGAUUUUUUUAAUGAAACCGAGGUGGGUUGAUGUUUUUUUUUUUUUUUUUUCGAACUCGGAUAUUUUCUCAAAAGCAAAAAACAUGUUAAGCAUGAUAGCCUACUUUGUUCCUAUCUUGUGCUGAGAUUUUCUGUAAGACUGUCGAGCAGUUAAAAACUAGUAUUAGGAUUAUUUAAAUGGAUAGGCGGCGCUCGCUUCGGUUCUUCUCUUUUACAAAAAAAAGGACAUGGAAAUAAUCACCAGCUGUUGUAAUUUUUCAAACUUCAGGAUUCAAACGCAACUUCAAAUCUGUGCUGAACUUUAUACACGUGUUCUCUACGAUUCAGGACCAAAAUUCUUUAAUGUUGAUUUCAGAUGAUAGUUAUAGAGAAAUCCUCACCGAUUUUUUUUCAUCCUCUGAGCUUUGUUUUGUACAUGUAUUCAGAUGCCAUUUUAUAUGGGAUGUUGUAUUUAUAUACUGGGCCAAGCGUUUUUGACUUGAUCAUUUUUUUAUUUCUUAUGUACAUGAUCUAAUCCUGUUUUUUUUUAUUUUUAUUUUUUUUUUUCUUACACGGUUGUUUGUCUGUGUCUGUCACAUUUCCUUCUCAGGCGAAGGGCUAGAGUUUUAAAAACACACAACUUUUGAUUUCUUUUUAUAUUUAAAUGUACACACUUUUGGACACUUAAAAGAGAGGAAACAGUUUGAUUAUUUUCUCAGUGUAUUUUUGUACAAAUCUAUAUAGAAAAUGGGGGAGUCAACAAUCGGUGUGUGUAGCCUACUAAUACAGCUGUAUUGGAUUUCCUAAUUUUUAAUACCCCGGCAGGCUGGUUUUCAUGCUGCCUUCAAGUGCCCAUGGCAAGCUCGUACAUGUUUAUUUUGUUGCCUGUUCAAAUUCUUUUAUAAGAACAGCCUGCAAAACAAACCUUGUAUCUCUAUGUUGCCUGUUGUUUAGUUUUAAAAAGUCAAGGCACCAACCUACCUUUUACUUAAGUGACCGAGCAGAGGAGAUAGGUAUAAAUCAGGUAAGUAAUUGGUGUUUUAAUUAACUAAUUUGGCAAAGUUUGUUUGACUUUUACCAGCAUAUACUGACAAGACCUCUUUGAUGUCCAAUCCCUGAACAUCCCGUGUUGUCAGUAAGGGCAUGAGAUACUUAACGACCCAGUGGGAGGGAUGUAAUUACGAUUUUUCCGGCAGCACUUGAAGGCAGCACCAGUCUUUGUAUCAGCCUACCUUCUACGUUUACAGUGCCAGUCUGCAGGCUCCUUAAAGACACAGGAUCGCAUUAUUUCUGGAGGCUAUUCCUGUGGACCCUGUGGGUUUAACAGCGUCACUAUCUUAAGCAGCCACUUGUUUUUGGAUUUCCUGUCAGAUAUCUUGCCUAUGACAACAAAUGAGGAGAUUGUAGCUUUAAAUUUGACUUAUUUCUUGAUGUUUUCAUUAAUUGAUGUCAAAUUUGCCAAUCAACCACUGGAUUGAACAGGCUAUCAGUAUAGCAAGCAAACAACAAGGACGAUAACAUCAAGCAUAUUCAAAUUUCUGACUUGAGUUCCGCAACACCUACUUGUACUGCGUUUCUCAUUGUAUUUGAAUAUAUAAUCUUUUCUACUUGUCGGCUAACUAUUAGCUAAUAAUUGUUUUAGUAUCUUUAUGGCAUGGUGAAUAGCAUUUGUAUUUCAGAUUCAGGUUAUUAGCUGUUGUGUUUUUCAGAAAAAAUGAGGAAAAAACGAUGAAACGUGAACUCGAUCUUUGUAUAUUUGACUGUAUCAUAAAGCAAAAAGAUUGUGUGUUUAUGUAUGUUGUUGCUAUCAAGGACAGGCACUGUCUAGAACUGCUAUCUUUUACACAUCCUUACUUACAUUUAAGGUGGUCAGUUCAGGACUCUUUUUUUAUAUAUAUAUGAAAGCAUUUUUAAAUAUAUUAACUUUAUUUUUCAUCCAUCCUGUGCAAUAUGCUGUGUAGAAUUAUCAUUUAUUGUCUCUAAUCAUGCCAUAAACAAAGGACCCACCCUUUUUUUGAGACUCAGAGAAAGGGAGGGGGGGAACUCAUGCCAGCUAAAUUGUGUCCAUUCACUGCCUGUCAGAUUGUUGAUAUAAACUUGUGUACAGAACUUUUUCAAGGAAGGAUAAUAAAUAUCAGCUGGAACUGAAA